GGCCGGCGGCUCCUCCCUCAGGAAGGCCAGGAGCGCGCGGUGCGGCGGCGUGAGUCCGGUGGCGCGAGUCGUGCCGGGGAGAAUCUCUGCGGUAAUAUCUGACUGUUAGUCCGUAGUAACUGGAGUAGAGAAGAGAAGGGAGCUCGCCUCUCCUCUUUUCCCUCCCUACCCGGCGGGCGCGAUGGCGGAAGCCGCGGUGACGGGCGCCGGCGGAGAGGUGGUGGCGGCGGCGGCGGAAGGCUCGGGGUCCGCGGGCUUGUCUCUGGGCCGGGGCUUCUCGAGCUACCGGCCCUUCGAGCCCCAGGCGCUGGGCCUUAGCCCGAGCUGGCGACUGACGGGCUUCUCCGGCAUGAAGGGCUGAGGCUGCAAGGUCCCGCAGGAGACGCUGCUCAAACUCCUGGCGGGACUGACGCGGCCAGACGUGCGGCCCCCGUUCGGCCUGGGCCUGGUCGGAGGCCAUGAAGAGGCGGCCCAGGAAGGCGGCCUGCCGGCCGGGGCCGAACCCAACCCCACCUUUCCAGCCCUGGGCAUUGGGAUGGACUCCUGCGUCAUACCCCUGAGACACGGGGGCCUGUCACUGGUGCAGACCACGGAUUUCUUUUACCCCUUGGUGGAAGAUCCCUACAUGAUGGGGCGCAUAGCGUGUGCCAACGUGCUGAGUGACCUCUACGCCAUGGGCAUUACUGAAUGUGACAACAUGUUGAUGUUACUCAGCGUCAGCCAGAGUAUGACCGAGGAGGAACGAGAAAAGAUAACACCACUCAUGAUCAAAGGCUUUCGCGAUGCUGCUGAGGAAGGAGGGACUGCAGUGACUGGUGGACAGACGGUGGUAAACCCUUGGAUUAUCGUCGGUGGGGUUGCCACUGUGGUAUGUCAGCCAAAUGAAUUCAUCAUGCCUGACAGUGCAGUUGUUGGCGAUGUGCUCGUGUUAACCAAACCCUUAGGAACCCAAGUUGCUGUCAAUGCCCACCAGUGGCUGGAUAAUCCUGAGAGAUGGAAUAAAAUAAAUAUGGUAGUCUCCAGAGAAGAGGUAGAGCUGGCUUAUCAGGAAGCCAUGUUCAAUAUGGCUACCCUAAACAGGACUGCUGCUGGAUUAAUGCACACGUUUAACGCACACGCAGCCACAGAUAUCACAGGCUUUGGCAUUCUAGGACACUCUCAGAACCUUGCGAAACAACAAAGAAAUGAGGUGUCCUUUGUGAUUCAUAAUCUGCCAAUUAUUGCCAAGAUGGCUGCCAUCAGCAAGGCCAGUGGGCGCUUUGGGCUCCUUCAAGGAACCUCAGCGGAAACUUCUGGGGGAUUACUGAUUUGUCUGCCAAGAGAACAAGCAGCUCGCUUUUGUUCUGAAAUAAAGUCUUCCAAGUAUGGAGAGGGUCACCAAGCAUGGAUUGUCGGUAUUGUGGAAAAGGGAAACCGGACAGCCCGGAUCAUUGACAAGCCUCGAGUUAUUGAGGUCCUACCUCGUGGGGCCACUGCUACUGCUCUCGCUCCUGACAGUUCCAACGCCUCCUCUGAGCCUAGUUCGUGAGAUGGAAUAGCAGAAGUUGUUUGGACCUUAGAGCCUUUGUACACAAUCAUGAACGAUUCUCAGAACUUUAUUUUAAGAAGAAAUUUCCAAAGAAGGCUGCCUGCAUAGUAGUUCCAGUGGCCCUUUCAAGGUGAUUUGAAUCAGCCCAUCACAGGCUGCACAUUCCAAGGCCAGAAGUAACAUUUUGGACUUUAGGGGCAGGUUUGUUCAUCUAAUACGUGGAAGAGGAGCAGAAAAACCUCUGUUACUUCUUUCCAAGAGCAAGAUGAGGCUCUUCUGGUUUGAGGGAUGUUUUCCUGGCACUGGGUUGAUUCACGUCUGCACUGGGAGUGAGGUUAUUUAAUAAGAAUUACAUACACAUAAAAAAAAAGGUAAAUUGCAAAAUGAUUUAGAUCAGAAGCAAAUAAGUUUGGACCAAUACUGUUGAUAAAUCUACAUUGUUAAGAGAGAUCUUACAUUGCAUUGUCAAAUUCUUUAUUAGAUUUUUCUGAAGUACUGGCUCUUUCCUGCUCUGGACAAGAAUUGAGCAGCUUGUCCAAUGACUGGGAAAGGAGGACCUGCAACCAUCUGAUUUGAUCUCUGUUAAUGACGUCUCUCCCUCUAAACCCCUUUAAGGACUGGGAGAGGCAGAACAAAUCCCAGAGCCCAAACCUUGGUGGUCAUUAAGAUGGUCAAUCUUGUGCUGAAAAUUCCUGGUGAUUUAAUCAAUAAAGAGUAAUUUCUAGUGAAAUAAAUAAAAAGGACUUUGUGGAAAAAUUC